AUGGCAGCCAAGAGAGUACUGGUGUAUCGCAACGGGGACCCCUUUUUCCCAGGCCGCCAGCUGGUGGUAACCCAACGCCGCUACCCCACCAUGGAGGCUUUCCUCUCUGAGGUGACAUCAGUGGUGCAGGCCCCACUGGCUAUCCGUGCCCUCUACAGACUUUGCGAUGGCCACCCCGUCACUGAGCUGGCUGACUUGCAGAAUGGAGGACAGUACGUGGCUGCUGGCUUUGAAGGAUUCCACAAGCUCCAGUGACUGGGGGACACAUCCCCUUACCUGGCUGUUCUUUGUCUCAGUGUGUUCAGGAAUGGGGACCUGCUAAGUCCCCCCUUUAGUCUAAAGCUGUCCCAGACUGCCGUCCAGGACUGGGAAAUGGUACUGAAGCUGCUGACAGACAAGGCCAGGUUACAGAGUGGGGCUGUGCACCAACUCUGCACCCUCAGGGGGCUCCCACUGUCGGCAGGCACAGCUCUGGUGCGUGGCCGUCACUACGUGGCUGUUGGAGAAGAGGAGUUCAAAGCCCUCCCCUACAUGGAGCUGUUGGUGCCCAGCCCCUCUCUGUCCAAGGGCUGCUGGUAUCCUCCAGGCCGGAAGCACAAGUCCCACAGGCAGGGGACUCAGGGCCACCAGGCUCAGGUGGCUCAGCCUUCUCCAGAGGAACCGAGACAAACUGAGCCAUCUGCUUUCUACGCCAGAUCCCAGCAGUCCACUCAGCCAGGAAGCAGGCUCUCUCUCCUCUCACUUCCAUCAGGAGUUAAGGGAGUUUAUGGGGCUUCCUACCCAAGGAAGGAGACAGCUGGGGCUCAGGAAGUGGAUGAAGACGAGAACACCUGCAUAGAGGAGCCUGUGGGUCAGAGGGCAGCAGAGACAGGGGAAGAGGCCUUGUCCCUCAACAUCUGCCUGGCCCGGGAGAGACAGCCUCAUGUUCAGCCAAUGCGUGCGCCACCAUCUUAAGUGCCAGGAACGCCAGUGAGAAGCUCAGGAUAACCACUCCAAACUACCCCAGCUUUCAGCAGCCAAGAAGCCAGGACUCACUGGGCUCGCAGUAGGUAUGGCCUCCUCAGCCCCUCCCCAUUCAUAAGCCCAGCAAGUUCUGUGGAGGCCACUUCCUUGUGUGAUUUCCUGGCAGAGAAA